GGAUAUGAUCCGUCCCCUCGAUUGCAGGAAGUAGGGCUGUUGGGGUUUAAUUAGGCAUUCAGGUUGAGAUCUGAGGAGCCGAUUGAGCGAGGAGCGGAGAGGGAAAGAUGGAUCCACAAAUGGUAGAGGUCACGCAGCUCUUCGAGCGAUUCAAGGCCGCAUUCGUUAGGAAAGAUUUUGGCUCCUGCAACAAUCUUCUUUCCCAGCUGAAGGUUCUAUUGACAAAGUUUCCUAGCUUGCCACCAACGUUCCAAAUAACAUCAAAUGCUGUCCAGGAGUUGACAAUUGCAAGAGAGAUUUAUGAACAUGCUGUUGUCUUGAGUGUGAAAACUGAAGAUCAAGAUGCCUUUGAAAGAGACUUCUUCCAACUCAAACCUUAUUAUACUGAUACUUGUGGUAUGAUACCACCGUCUCUCCAGGAGUACCCAAUAUUGGGUCUUAACCUUCUGAGGCUGCUUGUGCAAAAUAGAAUAGCAGAAUUCCACACUGAACUAGAACUUCUUCCUCAAAAUGCUUUGGAGAACCCUUGCAUCAAGCAUGCUGUGGAGCUGGAACAAUCAUUCAUGGAAGGUGCUUAUAAUCGUGUCUUGAGUGCAAGACAGUCUGUGCCACAUGAUACUUAUGUUUAUUUCAUGGAUCUACUUGCAAAGACAGUCAGAGAUGAGAUUGCUGGCUGCAGCGAAAAGGCUUAUGAUUAUUUGUCCAUUAAUGAUGCCAAAAAGAUUCUGAUGUUUUCAUCUGACCAAGAACUUUCUGAUUAUGUCUCAGAGGAACACCCAGAAUGGGAAAUCAAGGAUGGUUGUGUUUUCUUUCAAAAGGCUAAAGAAUCUCAACCGUGCAAAGAAAUACCAGCACUACAACUUAUCAACCAGACAUUAAGCUAUGCUAGGGAGUUGGAGCGCAUCGUCUAAUAACUUUUGUUGUGUUUUUCUAUUGCCCACUGGGCGGUUUAUACUUUAAAAGCACCGGAGUAAAUUGCACCUUCUAUUUGUUUUCAUCUCCGUCGAUGGAUGAGAAGAUUGAUCGUAUUUGCACUAAAGCUCAAAACUCUGGCAUUGCUUUUAUUCUAAUUUGAUUUUGGAAAUUCAGAUA